CCCGGCAUGCCAGACUGCACUAGCUGGUGGUUACGUUGUGUCUUUUCCCCGGUGGGUUGGAAGUAGUUACCUUUGUAGCCAAAAAGGAGGAAGGAAGGAAUCGACACACACACACAUACACACACACACACACGCAACCCCAGGGAGGAAGUUCAUUGAGACACUGAGAUUGCUCCUGGUUGCCCGGGCUCGCCUCUGAAGUGUGGCUGCGGUGCUGCUGUUGUUGUUGUUUGGUUGUUGUUGUUGCUUCUCUGGAGCCUCCACUUCUCCAACAACACCCCAUCCCCGGAGGGGGGCUCCUGGCAGCGACUUUUUUUGGGGGGGAAGACAGCGCGGAAGCGGACGCUGGAGGUUUGAUUGACAGGCAAUGGCUACAAAUUGCUGUCUGGAGUGAGCGGAAGAUGCAGCCAUCUGACUAACAGGUUUCCAAGCAGCCCCUGGAGGCCCAAAGCACCUGGAAUUAACCGGACGGCAGCAUAACAUGAACUGAGCAAGAAGCAACCCGGAUUUUUGUUUGUUUUUUGGUUUUAAAAAACUUUUACAUACCAAAACAUUCUUUCAUGAAAACGUUUUAAAACAGGGUUCUUUUUCCCCUCCCCCGCACACGAAAGUCGUCCCCGUACGGUGAGGAUUUCCGGAGAAGAUGGGGAGGAAAAAGAUCCAGAUUCAGCGGAUCACGGAUGAGCGAAAUCGACAGGUGACCUUCACCAAGCGGAAGUUCGGUUUGAUGAAGAAAGCCUACGAGCUGAGCGUCCUGUGCGACUGUGAGAUCGCCCUGAUCAUCUUCAACCACUCAAACAAGCUGUUCCAGUACGCCAGCACGGACAUGGACAAGGUGCUGCUUAAGUACACCGAGUACAACGAGCCGCACGAGAGCCGGACCAACGCAGACAUCAUCGAGACAUUAAGAAAGAAAGGUUUUAACGGUUGCGACAGCCCGGAACCGGACGGAGACGACUCCAUUGACCAGAGCCCCCUGAUGGAGGAUAAAUACCGCAAAGCCAGCGAGGAUCUGGAUAUCCUCUUCAAACGAUAUGGUUCUGCAGUGCCCGCUCCGAACUUCGCCAUGCCAGUGACGGUUCCGGUGACCAAUCAAAACACGUUACAGUUCAGCAACCCCGGGGGCUCCUUGGUGACCCAGUCGCUGGUGACCUCUUCGUUGACGGAUCCAAGACUCCUCUCACCACAGCAGCCGGCCCUGCAGAGAAACACCGUGUCGCCGGGUUUGCCGCAGAGGCCAGCCAGCGCAGGGGCGAUGCUCGGGGGAGACUUGAACAACACCAACGGAGCUUGCCCAAGCCCAGUCGGAAACGGGUAUGUGAGUGCCAGAGCCUCGCCGGGUCUCCUCCCAGUCUCAAACGGCAACACCAUGGGCAAGAUCAUCCCGGCAAAGUCGCCGCCACCGCCCUCCCACGGCACGCAGCUCGCCGCCAACAGCCGCAAGCCGGACUUACGCGUGAUCACCUCGCAGGGCGCAAAGGGUUUGAUGCACCAUUUGACGGAGGACCACUUGGAUCUGCAGAAUGCACAGAGGUUAGGAGUCUCCCAAGCAACUCAUUCUUUAACCACGCCUGUCGUGUCGGUGGCCACUCCAAGUCUGCUGACCCAGGGCCUGCCUUUCUCUGCCAUGCCCACAGCGUACAACACAGAUUAUCAGCUGACCAGUGCAGAGCUAUCCUCACUCCCGGCGUUCAGCUCUCCCAGCGGGUUGUCGCUUGGCAACAUCUCUGCCUGGCAACAGCAACAUCAGCAGCAGCAACAGCAACAACAACAACAACAACAGCAGCAGCAACAACAACAACAGCAGCAGCAACAUCUUGUUCCUGUAUCACUAAGCAACUUAAUACAAGGGGGUCACUUAUCUCACACCACCACGUUGACUGUCAACACCAACCCCAACAUCAGCAUCAAGUCGGAGCCCGUCUCGCCCAACCGGGAACGAAACACUGCCACGCCGCUCAGCUCCUUCCCGCAUCAGAGCCGGCACGAGCCGACGGGGCGUUCUCCUGUCGACAGCCUCAGCAGCAACGCCAGCUCCUACGAAGGCAACGAGCGGGAUGACCCCGCCAGAGCCGAUUUCGGCUCGUCCCUCGGCCUCCUGAGACCCACGACCGAGGCCGAGGGAGAGAGCCCAUCCGUAAAGCGCGUGCGGCUGGAUGCCUGGGUAACAUAACCAGUCCCAACUCUCUUCGAGCUACUUUCUGCUCACGUCCGGGUGGG